AAGUAGAGGUCACAAGAUGAUCUAAAGUCCAGUUUUUUGAAGGAAAAAAGAUUGAUUCAUCGCGAAGAGAAAAGAGCCCUUCUCUUUCUAGCCAUUCCGUUACGAGACUUCUCAACCGCCUUGACAGCACCAAGUUGACUUGCCACUCGACCCAAUCUUGCGAUUUCCGAUGAUGAAACCAAGAAGGACUAGACUGAUUCGACUGCUCUCACUGGCUCAGCUGCUCGAUAGGAAUAGGAAACCGUUCCAACCACUUCCACUUAUGCGGGACAUUCACUCUCAAAAGCAUGAUCGUCACUCUAACUCGCGCCAAAUGCCUCUCAUAGGUCUUACUAGCCUCCCGCCCUAGUUGCACUAUUCCACCUACCUAAUCCCGGUUCACUAGGGGAUGAUCCAGCCAUCGUGUGCCCGGUUUUUUGUCUUGAUUUCCACCAAUUGAACGAAAAAAGAAGGAAAAAUUCCGGAUAAAAAAAAGAUUAACGAACGCCUCUCUCACUCAAGAUAAGGUCAGGUGAUCCCUUUCUGUCUCCUUCUCAGUUAGGUCAAUAAGCCCCUUCCUUUUGGUUCAUGUAAGAAAGGGGAAGGUGAAUCCUUUUCUCCCCUCUUCUCUUGGUACAGGAGCUGAACCCAUUCAUUGCUGCUUCCUUGGUUGCUGCACCUGCUUCUGCUCUUGGGUUGGUAACGAAAACUGCUUGGCACGUCUCAGACCAGGGCCACUUGUGGUCCCUUUUCAACAAAUCUGUAAGCGGGGCUGCUCUUUUUCGAGUACCCCACCUUAAUGAAUUUUGUUAGUUUGCCUAUCUAAAGUAUCCGCCAGGGACCUUCCUCGACAAGACUGAAAAUGCUAAGGUGGUCACCUGGGGAGUUGAGAUGAAAAAAAUGAAUUACUUUAGUUUCGGUCCCUCUUGACUAAUGGUCGGCUUGUGGUCGACCGCCUUUUUCUUCUCAUUCUGACUUUACUUGUCAUCGCUGUUGAGUUUGUGCCACUACUCUUUCUGGAAUGGAUAAGCCUUUUUGCCUCAAACCUUCAAAAUAGCCAGUUUUCAGCCAUUUGCCGCUGUCAGAAUCAUUUCCUCACGCUGUCAGGACGGAACCAAAGACCUAGACUUUGGCAACAAUCCCCCCUUCGCGAAAAUGAAAACAUUCAUGAGAAGCCACAGUUGCAUGAAAUCUGGCUGGUGUGGUCAAUCCUAUUUUUAUAUGCCUUAUGGACUUGGCGAAAUAAGAGCAUCUUUUAUCCCGUUGACCGAGCCUUUUUCAUUCCAGUACUUCAAGUGAGAGCUAGAGCGCUUCUUUCUUUUCUUCGCCUCUUCCCCCCCUCCGAGGGACAAGUGAAGUGAGAAUUACUUUAAAUAGAUCGAGUGCACCUCAGUAAAAACAUGAGGGGGAUGCUCGGCUAAGAAUAUCGACCCAACUUGCUUACCAAGUUAAAGUAAGCAAGCUACCUUCUUCAAUCAGCAAAAGAGAGACCCUUGAGCAUAUUCUUCUAGAUUCGUUAGAAUGAUUGGCUCCGUUUGCGGAUCCAGGAGUUUCAGUAUAGUAGGCGGCGAGUACCAUGGGAAAAAAGAAAGGUUAUUUUAUGGCAGUCCAGCUAUUUGAGCUAGUCAACUCGUAAACAUAGCCAGGGGAGUCUCUUUCCGGAAGAGAAUGAAAAUCAUUAAUAUUCGUGGAAACCCAGGGCAAAAGGUCUUACGUUAAUAUUCCCGGAAAUGCGAAUAGAUUUCCGGAUAUCUUUUUCAUACGUUAUUCUCGGAUCUCAGAGACAGAUGGAGUCAGUCUUCUUACCAUCAUCGGAUCAGUUCGGGCUGGCGCACGAAGCAGGAGGAAAUCGGUACGGAGCGAGGCUGGCGAAGUCGGCAGUCUUUCUCUUUAUAGAGUAGAGGGGGGCGUCAAAUCGAAGAAAAAAGAAAGAGAAAAGAGAUAUUUCGUAAUAUAAAGAAAGAUGAAAAUAAAGACAAAAAGGCGGAACCUUUUAUGUCAAAAGGACCAAGGAUGAUCUUUUCGGAAAGGAGGAGUAGGAGGAGUCAGCUUAUUCUAUAGAUACUGUAAAAGCCAACUCAUGUUUCCACUCUAUUUUCAUUACGAAGAUGUAUCACGUCAAGAUCCGUUGCUCAAACCGAAUCACACCAACGUUAUGGAAGUUUCUGGAUUGUGUAAAAUAAGAGUAGUACCAAAGGCACCUUCUGAUUUCAUCAUAAAAAAUGGAAAAUUGGCUAUGGAGAUUCCGUGCGGUCAGAAAUUCAUACAGACACAAAGGGGUUCGACAGGAAAGCCGUUUCGAUCCAAUCCAUUCUUGGGGUCAAAUAAAGACAAAAAAGGAUAUGUCAGUGACCUAGCACGACAAAGCACUCUCCGAGGGCAUAGAAUGUCUAAUUUUUCGGUCAGAAUCUCGACAGUAAUGUCUCUCUUAGAUUCUCCCGUCGAAAUACGGGAAAACUCCAUUCAAUUCUCGAUAGAAACGGAGUUUUGCGAAUUCUCCCCAGAGCUGGAAGAUCAUUUCGAGAUCCUCGAACAUAUUCGAGGGUUCAAUGUGACUAUUGUAACUUCGGCCAACACACAAGAUGAGACUUUACCACCGUGGAGCGGCUUUUUGCAAAAAGAUGAGGGGGAAAGUAAGUAAGAUGUCGGAGAAGCGAGAUAUACGAGAUCACAAACGUGGAUUGCUCGCGGCUAAAUAUGAAUUGAGACGAAAGCAAUCUAAAGCCUUUUGUAAGGAUCCCGAUCUUUCUAGUGAUAUGCGGGACAAACAUCGUUAUAAGUUGUCAAAGUUGCCAAGAAAGAGUUCCUUUGCACGAGUAAGAAACCGAUGUAUUUUCACGGGUCGCCCUCGUGGAGUAGAUGAGUUCUUUCGAAUUUCUCGUAUCGUUUUUCUUGGAUUAGCAUCUCGAGGUCCUUUGAUGGGCAUAAAAAAAUCGUCUUGGUAGCAACCACCAAACCAAUAGAACAAGGGUUAGCUCUGCAGCUGGUCUACAAGCAAGGUAAGUAGGUCCAUUACCGGCCGGCUCGGGACUGAAAAGACCUAACGGAGUAAUCCCUUAUCUCAGAUCGGAGAUGCUAACGGAGCGGGAAUCGAAGUGGGGGACCUCUCUACCGCCUGUGUCUAUCUCCUGUCAAGUAUGCUCCCCAGACAUAGAGUACGUACAGGGUAGUACUUUUUAAAUCACCGCGUGAACAUUAAGUUACGAAUGUAAUUCCCGAGGGAUCUACUACUAUUCUAAAUAGAGUAAGGCGGAGAACUGUUGUUCAUUGGAGCGCCGGAGUGCUGAAGUUGUUUCCAUCAUUGAAGUCAGAGUGUGGGACUGAUACUUCCGAAUGAUAAAGACAAAUAAGUGCAUAGUUGGAAAAACCGACAUCAUAUUUACUUUCUCUCGCCCUACUUCUAAGGAUAGAUAGAAAAGGUUGGAGAGAGUUACAAACUUAAAUUCUCUCCUUUCUAAAGCUGCGCAAUGGGCCCCACCAGAACGCUAAAAAUGUGGGGGAAGAAGAGUUGUCACGAUAGGAUAGGAAAAAAAGAAAUGACUAUAAGGAACCAACGAUUCUCCCUUCUUAAACAACCUAUAUCCUCCACACUUAAUCAGCAUUUGAUAGAUUAUCCAACCCCGAGCAAUCUUAGUUAUUGGUGGGGGUUCGGUUCGUUAGCUGGUAUUUGUUUAGUCAUUCAGAUAGUGACUGGCGUUUUUUUAGCUAUGCAUUACACACCUCAUGUGGAUCUAGCUUUCAACAGCGUAGAACACAUUAUGAGAGAUGUUGAAGGGGGCUGGUUGCUCCGUUAUAUGCAUGCUAAUGGGGCAAGUAUGUUUUUCAUUGUGGUUCACCUUCAUAUUUUUCGCGGUCUAUAUCAUGCGAGUUAUAGCAGUCCUAGGGAAUUUGUUCGGUGUCUCGGAGUUGUAAUCUUCCUAUUAAUGAUUGUGACAGCUUUUAUAGGAUACGUACUACCUUGGGGUCAGAUGAGCUUUUGGGGAGCUACAGUAAUUACAAGCUUAGCUAGCGCCAUACCUGUAGUAGGGGAUACCAUAGUGACUUGGCUUUGGGGUGGUUUCUCCGUGGACAAUGCCACCUUAAAUCGUUUUUUUAGUCUUCAUCAUUUACUCCCCUUUAUUUUAGUAGGGGCCAGUCUUCUUCAUCUGGCUGCAUUGCAUCAAUAUGGAUCAAAUAAUCCAUUGGGUGUACAUUCAGAGAUGGAUAAAAUUUCUUUUUACCCUUAUUUUGUUGUAAAGGAUCUAGUAGGUUGGGUAGCUUUUGCUAUCUUUUUUUCCAUUUGGAUUUUUUAUGCUCCUAAUGUUUUGGGGCAUCCCGACAAUUAUAUACCUGCUAAUCCGAUGCCCACCCCGCCUCAUAUUGUGCCGGAAUGGUAUUUCCUGCCGAUCCAUGCCAUUCUUCGUAGUAUACCUGACAAAUCGGGAGGUGUAGCCGCAAUAGCACCUGUUUU